AUGCCAGUGCUUGCUAUGGCAUCUGUGGCUUCACCGGUUAUAUUUAAGGAGUUUUGUCCCCUGUAUUAUCUUCUCAAUGCCAUUCCUACAAAGAUCCAAAAGGGCUUUCGCUCUAUCGUAGUGUACCUCACAGCGCUUGAUACCAAUGGAGACUACAUCGCUGUGGGGAGCAGCAUUGGGAUGCUUUAUCUCUACUGCAGACAUUUAAACCAGAUGAAAAAAUACAAUUUUGAGGGGAAGUGUGAAUCGAUCACUUUUGUGAAGCUGUUGAGCUGUUUCGAUGAUCUGGUUGCUGUUGGGACAGCCUCGGGUCGUGUUGCUGUUUUCCAGCUCGUGUCUUCAUUACCUGGAAGAAACAAACAGCUUCGGAGAUUUGAUGUUGCCGGUAUCCACAAAAGCAGCAUUACAGCUUUAGCUUGGAGUCCCAAUGGGAUGAAAUUAUUCUCUGGAGACGACAAAGGGAAGAUUGUCUACUCUGCUCUAGACCUGGACCAGGGUAUUUGCAACUCCAGCCUUGUCUUGGAAGAGCCGUCUUCGAUCGUCCAGUUGGAUUACAACCAGAAAGUGCUGCUCGUCUCUACUCUGCAACGGACUCUGCUUUUUUACACGGAAGAGAAAUGUGUCAAGCAAGUGGGAACACAGCCCAGAAAAAACACUGGCAAAUUUGGAGCGUGUUUUAUACCUGGUCUGUGUAAACAGAGCGACCUGACACUGUUUGCAGCCAGACCUGGGCUCCGUCUCUGGAAGUCUGAUGUUCACGGGAGCGUUCAGGCCACGUUCAUAUUGAAAGAUGUGUUUGCUGGAGGAAUCAAAACGUUUGAACUCUAUCCUCGCUUGGAACCCCCUGACAGGGGAAGUUACAGCUCCCCAGAGAAACACCUGGGGCUUGUUUCCUGCUUCUUCCGAGAAGGAUGGGUGCUGACCUGGAAUGAGUACAGCGUCUACUUACUGGACACUGUCAACCAGGCUUUGAUUGGUGGCUUGGAAGGAUACGGUGAUAUUGUGUCUGUGUCCUGCACCAACAAUGAGAUUUUUCUCUUAAAGGGAGAUAGAGACAUAAUAAGAAUUUCCAGCAGGCCCGAAGGAGCGUCAUCAUUAGUUUCAGAUACGAAUUCAAAACUGCUGAAUCCUUUGACAGACACGAGUCCUAAAUUACCGACCCCGUUAUCAGCCAUUGCACCUGUAUCAUCGACCCCUUCCGUGGAAACAGAGAAAAAAGUGAUUAUUGGUGACAAAAACGACUCUCAUCCUUUAGUGAAAGAUGAUCUGGAUACACCAACGCUAUCAGAGAAAAGUUUUGAUAGAGUGGGAGACUUGAGCACUGAAACAAGAAGAAGGGGCUGCUCCAUAGUGAGUGAACCGAGGAGCAGGAGCAGCUCGGUGAACUCUGUGGACAGCGGCUCCAGCUUCCUGGUAUGCGCAGACCAACUUUCCGAAGCCCCGAGGGAAGCUCAGCUUUCUUCACAACGCUUCAGCAUCAUCAGCUCUGAGGAUUUUGAUCAAGAACUCAUUGUAAAGCCAAUUAAAGUGAAAAAGAAAAAAAAGAAGAAACAAGAAAGCGGGACGAGGAGGAACCAGAGCUCUCUGGAGGGCACGCCGCUCUAUGAGCGGCAGCUCUCUGGGGACAGUCCUCAAUCACUGAACGCAGACUCCUUGUCCAUGACUUCCAGCCUGAUGAGCGGCAGCAUCGAUCGUUUGAGCACAGGAUCUCCGGAUCGGGAGAGCAUCUUCAGUGUGGAGUCCCACACGCUCUUGCAGGAAGAUAACGGUUCAGAGACCUUCAGUGUCCUGCAGUCCCCCGAGUCUGCGACUGUGCUAAUUAACGAAGAAAAUGGAGACACGGUGGAUGUCCAGAAACUCCCAAGCAGUGACAGUGGCAUGGGUACUUCGGCUGUUGCAGAUGCUUUGGCAUCUGCCUCUCCUCUGAUCCUUGCAGCAGACUUUACGAGCAGCGUUGGUGGUGAGUCUAACGGCAGCGUGGUUUCUGCGAGCAAUGAGCGCUGUCUUGGAAAGCUGAGCCAAGAGGAGGAGCAGGGUUUUCCUCCGUUGUGUGAAAUAGAUGAAAAUGUAGAUAAGAUGAAGCUGCGGGAUGCCGAAAAGUCUUUUGAGGAGCCAGACCUUACAGACCAAAUGUUUUUGGAAUGUGACAGUGUGCUUGGUGUUCAGACAUCACCAAUACCAAAGGAAAGUGAGGAAAAUGGUAGGGAAGACCCAGAGCAGCUCUCUCUGAUACACAGCGCUCUGUCAGAUCCCUCUGUGCCCCACUUUGACGCUGCCAACGACGUUGAUUCAGACAGCGCUUCCAUUUCGGGAUGGAGUUUUGAGAGUGCAAUCAAAGCUAAAUCUGGCGCUAGCGCUGCUGAAUGGGUAACAGACACUCAGGAAAAUAAGGCUGAGAAAUCUGCCUCGAGUGAUGAGGAGGAUAUAUAUGGCCAUGGAUUACCCUAUUCAUCCUCAGAGACGAGCAUGCCCGAAGUUGGUGCUGGGCCUGGCUCCCAGGAUGCGGCCAAGACGAGCCUGGAUGAGACGGUGCUGUUAAAAUCUGAUCAGUUUGCAGAGAGCUGGAUGGGAUACUCCGGCCCCGGUUACGGCAUCCUGAGCCUGGUUGUGUCCGAAAAGUACAUCUGGUGCCUGGACUACCGAGGCAGCCUCUACUGCAGCGCCCUGCCCGCCGCAGGGCUGCGCUGGCAGAAGUUCGAGGAUGGCGUCCAGCAAGUGGCGGUUUCCCCCUCAGGUGGGUUG